GUUCCAUUUCCGGUGAGCGCCAAGAUGGCGGCGCUGGCAGCGGCGGCGGGACGGCCGGUGCUCGGGCGGCUGUUGGCAGCGGCGGCGGGACGGCCGGUGCUCGGGCGGCUGUUGGCGGCGGCCCCGGGACGGCCGGUGCUCGGGCGGCUGGUGGCGGCGACGGCGGCAGUGACAGGUGGAUCAUGGGGUUGUGUUUGCCGGAAGUCUACAUACAGCGCUCUUCCCAAUGACUACAACUGUAAAGUUGAACUUGCAUUGACGUCAGAUGGACGGACGAUUGUUUGUUACCACCCCUCGGUGAACAUCCCAUACGAGCACACCAAGCCCAUCCCACGACCGUCGCCAGUGGACAAUAAAGAGGAGACACACGACCAAGUACUAAAGGCCAGAUUAGACAAAGAGGUGCUGCGCGAUAAACAGGGGCCGACAAUUGAAGAACUCAGCAAAAUGUUCUACACAACAAAACACCGCUGGUAUCCAGUUGGACAGUAUCACAGACGAAGGAUUAAACCUAAUCCUCCCAAAGACAGAUGAAGCAAUUAAAACCAGGGGUUUAAUUAACAUUGGUCUGUUUCUGGUAUUGUGCUGUAUUCCACUCCAAGAGAAAGAACUUUGACAUUGCCGAUUUAUCAUUUGUUUCUUAUUAAUAAUUUCAUAUUUGCAUUGUUUGAGAAACAGACCUGUAUUUAAAAGUGAAGUCUUUUACAGCAUAAGGAAUGUAAUGAGCUUGUUUAACAGGUAAUAAUUAAUUAUCUAUGGUUCACUGGUGAGCUGUUUAUUACAAUAAAAUCUUAAAGUUGAA